GCCGUCAUUCCUCUACCAAUACACAGCUGGUCGAUCAAUCAGUGAUCGAUCAGCCUGAGAUCAAUGAACUGAUCACUGAACACACACAUACGACCAAUCACAGCUCACGAAGAUGGACACUUCAAGACUUUCUAGGGUGCUUAAGAACAUGCCAGGACAUUUUAAAGUGAGGGUCCUUGAGAGGAUUUCCAGGGUCUUUGAAUAUAAGAGCCCAAACACGCAGAUUAAACACAAACUUGGAUCCAAGACAAAAAAGCCUCUGAUUUAGAAACAAAUAAAUAAAUGAAUUAAUAAACGUUACAAAUAAUUGAUACAUUCAGUGCCCUCGGGACAUUUGUAAAUUACAGAGUGGGGACUUUUACCUGCAGACAGGUGUUAAAACCCGGCUCAGGUUCAGAUCAUAGCAGCUGAAGUUUCUGUGACAACAUUUAUCCUGAUUACAGAGAUGAGACUCUGAAAGUCCGCCCUUUCACAGCUUCUGUCUGAAAACUGAAACACGGAAUUUUUGUACUGUUUUCUGUUUCCUGUUUGUAAAAUAAAAGCCUGAACUCUGCUGCCAGCAUGGACACGCACUGUCAGUCCUGCACAGCAUCUUCAUCGUCUUCAUCAUGGUCACCUGGACCGGCCUUCUCUUCGUUCUCUGUGGCGCCCUGACCUCUGCCCUCUGCUGUGAUUGGCUCACACACUACAAACAACCGAUGAAAGAAGCUCGGUGCUUCCUCACUCUCAUGGGCGAUCAGCUGACUGAACAGCACCCUUCAGUUCAUCCGGUUCGAUUCCCAAAACAUCUCUACAAGCAAAUGAGAAACUCUGAAGUGGAGUCAAAGCUGGUUUUCAUCAGAGACAGUCUGCAGCUUAUUUUCUGUCUGUAUCGCCAUGACAACCUAUCAGCCGCUCCCUGGGGCGCCGACAAGACGGAGGGCUUCCUGACGGUCAUCCACAGACAGAUCACGGAACUGAGCGCGUGUGUUUCGACCAACAGUCCAGCCAACAGCACACUGAGGAGCUACUACAGGACUCUGGCCAACAGUACUCUGUCUUGCUCUGGCUGCAGUACUGCGUCGUGGCAGCUGCUCAGGAAGGAAACCAAACUGCGCCUGGAUCAGCUGGAGCUGCUCGUUGCCUCCAUCAGAGUUCCAGCUUCUGCCAGCAGGAGGCGCUCUGCAGCAACGCAACAGCAACAGCAACGCAACACUGACACAAUAUCUGAAGACUGUUUCUGAUGUUCCUAUCUCUAUUUAUUUAUGUAUUUAUUCAGAUUAUUUAUUUAUUUAUUUAUUUAUUUAUUCAUAUAAACAAAGAUCUUUUUUAAAUAAAAUGCAGUGAAA